GCAGCAUCAAUCUUUACCACAUGGUUUAGGUGUGGAUGCUAUACCUAGUACCUGGUGGAUGGAGUAGAUCUAGAUCUAUGCAUCCCUGUACUGUAUGCUAAAGGAUGGGAGUAAAAGAUCUGUGGAAGCUGUUGGAGCCAGCUGGUAAACCAGUGGAUCUGGACUCUCUUCAAGGAGUGGUCCUAGCAGUAGAUGUGAGUAUCUGGUUGAACCAGGCUGUAAAGGGGAUGCGGGAUCGUCAUGGCGAUCCGUUACCCCAGGCCCACCUGGUAGUGUUGUUCCAUCGAGUAUGCAAGCUCUUGCACUACAAGAUCAAGCCAGUGUUUGUGUUUGAUGGAGCUACUCCAACUCUCAAGAAACACACCAUAGCUGAGCGCUCUCGGAGACGCGUGCGCGCCAGUCAACGCUCAGUGAAGGCCAUGGACCAACAAGUGUCCAAGUUCCUUCAGAGCAAAAUCUUGGAGCGGAUGUAUGGAGAGAGGGGUGGUCCCACUCCUCCGGUGACCACCAGUGAUACUCCAGACAUGUACCAACUACCACCACUACCAGACAACAACACUCUGACAAAGAGUCCUGAGCCAAGUUCCUCUCCCACUUCCCCCUCUGUCCACACUGACCACACCCACCAAGUUACUGACCAAGUGACGGGCCUGGACAUUCAUUCAGAGGACUUCAACUCCCUCCCUCCAGAGGUACAACAUGAGCUACUGCUGGAGAGAAAGGAGCUGGAGACUCACACUCAUCACAGCCCUCACACCCUACCACAAGCAGCCAGUGACUUCUCCAGCUACCAGCUCUCCAACCUAAUAACCCAAAGUCGCACUACUAGGAGACUGGAAGAAGUACGACAGGUACUCAAGUCCAACGAGACGGCAGUCAUGGGUCUUAGCGAUGAGUCUCGUGUCCAGGAAGUAGAGACAAGUAGGAUUAUCUCCAGCGAAGAUGCUCACUACAUACUGGUGAAGGGGCGUGGCAUUAACAGUCAGUCUGAGGACGAGGCCGAGGAAGGUUGGCAAGAAAGAGAAAAUGAUCGAGGCAAGAAAGAGGAGAAAAAAGAGUAUUGGUCAAUGGAUAAUUCUAGUGAAGUUAAUGGUGUGGAAACGGAUGAAGUGAAGGAACACGUUGAUUUGCUUUCUGAAAAGAGCACUGCUGCAAAUUUUGAUCGAAUUGUUGACAGCCCCAAGACAAUAGAAGAUACUAAUGAAUACAUCAGUGUCAGCCAACCUGAAGCAAUGGCCACGGCACUAGUAUCAUGUGACAAUGACCCAGUAGUGGUUACUAUCUCAGACUCAAAUUCAUCCUCUCCAGAACCAAGACAUUUUAUUUGUAUUGAAGCACCAAUUGAGCGGGACAAAACAACAUCACCUGUCGAUCACAAGACCCCAGAUAUAUCUGUAUCAGCAGCAUUGCUACAGCCUCCACCUGCACUAGUCACUACUGCAACCGUGCAAUCCCCCAAACAAGUCUCACUAGCUUCACGAUCUCUGAGCAAGACACAGGCUAUUAUCCUAACCCAUCCCCAUCAUGUAGUAUUACCCUCGCAACUGAACACAACACAAGAGUCAUCAGCAACAAUAUCACCAGAUGUCGGACCGGUAUCUCCACAAGAAUCAGAUAACCUAGACAGUGACUGGGACGAGGAUCUUCUCUUACUUUCCCCUGAGGCGGCCCAGGAUCGACUGAGGGAGGAGGUCAAGGAGCUGGGGAGAGAGAGGAGUAGACAGAGCAGAGCAGCAGCAGCUGUCUCCAACACCAUGUACAAGGAGGCACAGGAGUUGUUCCGAUUGUUUGGCCUCCCUUACCUAGUGGCCCCGGGAGAAGCCGAGGCUCAGUGUGCCUACCUGGAGUGUAGUAGUCAGGUUGAAGGGAUACUCACCGACGACAACGAUGUCCUACUGUUUGGGGGGAAGAGGGUCUAUCGAGGGUUCUUCUCACAGGACAGAGAGCCAGAGGUCUACAGCUCCUCUGAUAUUCAGGAAAAACUGGGUCUCUCUCGUGGCCAGCUUGUUGUGCUUGGCUACCUCCUCGGGUGUGACUACACUGCUGGUCUGGAGGGGGUAGGUAUUGUGUCAGCCAUGGAGCUGCUCAGAGACUUCCCUGGAGACAGACUCGAGCCACUGGAGAAAAUAAGAGACUGGCACAGUGAUGCUCUAGUGAAGCCAGCGAUGCUUAAGCAAGCAAGUGGAGUCUUGAAAAAAUUAAGUCAGUCUCACCUCCCCACCACCUUCCCAGAGCCAGCCGUAUACCAGGCCUACUUUGCACCAAACAUUGACUGUUCUACUGAAGAAUUUGAGUGGGGAAAGCCAGACCUGGACCUCCUCAGGAAGUUUGCCCGUGACAAGAUAAACUGGGAUCAAGCCAAAGUGGACUCCCUCCUUCUCCCAUUGUUGAAGAGGCUCAACUCCGAACAGAAAUCCAUCUCACAAUUUUUGAGUCGACCAUUGGCACACCAGGAGAGAAAAGGCAUCAAAAGCAAGAGGAUUAGAAAUGUUGUUGCCUGUCUCACACGCAAAGAACCAUCCCCUGGGUCUGAGAGAGAGUGCAGUUCAUCACCUACACAGCCGACAAAGAAACCUCGAGUCACUCGCAAGAGAAAAUCUACCACAAAGCAAGCUUCAAAGACAUCGACGACUAUCUCUGCUAGCAGUAGUGAUAGCGACUAAUACAUGAUAUCGACUAAUUUAUUGUCAUGUUUUUGUACCCAAAUUGACACAAAGAAAUUAUUACAUCAAUUGAAGAA